GCCGUUCUGCCUGAGCGUCACUUCCGCCCCCCACCAAGGGGGCGGUGCUAAUGCCAGCGGAGGCGGAAGUCUGUCGCUGGUUCCGGCGUCCGUCCUCAGGGCGGCAUCCCGGCGCAGGCGCAGUAGCUCCAGUGGCUGCGAAUUGCGGCCCCGCCUCAGCGAGGAGGGGUAGCUUGUGCCUGGGUGUCCCGGGUCCUUACCCAAGUGAUGCCCCGCUAUUGCGCAGCGACUUGCUGUAAAAACCGCCGGGGGCGAAAUAAUAAAGACCGGAAACUGAGUUUUUACCCGUUUCCUCUACAUGACAAAGAAAGACUUGAAAAGUGGUUAAAGAAUAUGAAACGGGAUUCUUGGGUUCCCAGUAAAUACCAGUUCCUGUGUAGUGACCAUUUUACUCCUGAUUCUCUUGACAUCAGAUGGGGUAUUCGUUAUUUAAAACAAACUGCAAUUCCAACAAUCUUUCCUUUGCCUGAAGACUGUCAGGGAAAGGACCCUUCCAAAAAAAAAUCUCAGAAGAAAAAGUUGGAAGAUGAAAAUGAGGUAUGUCUAAAAACCAAGUCAGAAAAAUCAUUUACAUUAAAUGAGACAAAGAAAAAUAUAAUUAACACAGAUGUGCUCCCUGAACGUGCAGACUUAGUUGAUUCAUAUGCUGUGGUGAAUCCAGCAGCUCCUAAUGCAGGAGGUAUACAAAAUAACAUAUUAACUCUUAAUCUAAUUGCACAAGAUAACAGAAAAGCACAAUCUACUUUGAAAACAUCAGUCAACCAAGAUUCACAUAGAAGUGGUUUUCAUACGUCUUUUGAGAAUCAAAAUUCUACAACUAUUACUAUGACAACUUCAAAUUCAGAAGAUAUUCAACAGUUUUUGGAAACACAAAAAAUUCUUGAAAUAACUACCAAUCAUCUUAAUCCUAAUCUUACAAAUAAUUCCAUGGAAAUUAGUUCACAGGAAAAUCCAUUCUUAUUCAGCACAAUCAGCUCAGCAGUUGAAGACUUAAACAAAGAGUCUCUUAUUGCCAUUUUUGUGCCCACAGAAAAUUUGAAACCUGUUGAUAAUUCUUUUAUACCAACCCAAAAAGAAACCAUGGAAAUGGAAGACAUAAGUAUUGACGACUCCUUAUAUAAGGAUGUAGAUCAUGGGGCAGAAGUUUUACAAAUUGAUCAUUCUUACUGCAGACAAGACAUAAAUAAGGAACAUUUAUGGCAAAAAGUCUCUAAGCUACAUUCAAAGAUAACUCUCCUUGAGCUACAGGAACAAAAAACUCUAGGUAGGUUGAAGUCUUUAGAAGCACUUAUAAACCAGCUAAAACAGGAAAACUGGCUUUCUGAAGAGAAUGUCAAAAUUAUAGAAAACCAUUUCACAACAUACGAAGUCACUAUGAUAUAAAGAGGUUUGUAAUUUAAAGAAUUAUGUGUAAUGGGAACCUUUUUUCUAUAUAAAAUUCUCAUUUUGGGGCCAGGGAGAUGGCUCAGCAGAAUAAGCACUUCCCUGGCAAGUGCAAGGGCCUGAGUUCAAUCCCUGGUUCCGAAAAAAUAAAAUAAAAUAAAAUAAAAUUCUCAUUUUAAUGAAGCUAUGAAAGUACUCUUAAUACCAUGAAAUAAUCCUACUCUGAAAAUGUAUAUUCAUAACACAGUUUUAAGAGUUAUUAGAAAUAGUUUUAUUGAUAAUUUUUUCACAUUAAAGUCCAAAUAGUAAUGAUUAAAUAAUAGAAUUUGAUCAUAAAAUAAAAAGAUACGG